UUCAAAUUAAGCUUAAUCAAGAAAGAAAAAAAUGACUUACAACUUAGUGUCAUCUUUACUUUUCUUGUUCUUCUUCUUGCUUCAACUCACUUGCAAUUUGGCUCAAGCACCUGCUAUAGCUCCAAUGCCACCAGUUAUUUCUUCUCCUCCGGCCCCAAUAUUGCCCCCAAUUGUAGCCUCUGCUCCAGCUCCAGGACCACCUGGUCCACCAAACGUGAUAAAAAUCCUUGGAAAAGCUGGAUCAUAUUCGACGUUCAUCAAGUUGUUACAAAUCACUCAAGAAGUUGGCGAAAUCACCUCAUUACUAAACAACUCCAACAGCAUAACAAUGUUUGUUCCAUCGGAUGGUGCUUUCUUGAACCUGAAAACUGGCACCCUCAACUCUCUCAGUGAUCAGCGGAAAGCUGAAUUGGUAAAAUUCCAUAUCCUCCCAUCAUAUUUCUCCCUGUCACAGUUCCAAACGGCUAGCAACCCUUUACACACACAAGCCGGAGGAACCACCAAUCGUGAAUUCCCCAUCAAUAUAACCACCAAUGGAACAACAGUGAACAUAACAACUGGGAUUGUGAAUGCAAGUGUGUCCAGUACAAUUUACACUGACAAUCAAUUAGCUAUUUACCAAGUGGAUAAAGUACUGCUUCCAUUGCAAUUCUUUGUCCCACCAUUACCACCAGCACCUGCUCCAGCACCAUCGAAGCCAAACAAGGACAAUCCUUCCUCGGAUUCUUCCUCUGUUAAUGUUGUUCCGUCUGGUGCCACUUCUCUUCUUCCCCACAUGCUUCAGCGAAUGGUCUAUCCCAGCUGUUUUUUCUUCUUCUCUGUUUGCUUUGUGUAUAUGAGUUAAGAAGUCGUACACAUGUCUGCAUGA